CUGCUCUUGCGCGGCCUCAGUAGCAGGUAGCUAGUCGUUGCUGCCGGUGCUGAAGUGAUGGGUCCCGCCGAGAUGUUGGGCUCCGUGUCGGCGCCCCAGCUCUUUUACUGGGUCGGGGUCGCCGCUGUGACCUGGCUUUCGUUGAAAAUGACGUGCCGGCUGUUGAACGGGGCGCGGGUCUUCCUAGUCGGGACCGGCCUCAAGGUGGAAAGCUUCGGUCGCUGGGCAGUUGUUACAGGUGCAACCGAUGGAAUUGGAAAGGCUUAUGCAAAAGAGCUUGCCAAGCGUGGCAUGAGCAUUGUCCUGAUCAGCAGAACCGAAGAGAAACUGAAUGAAGUGGCCAAGGAAAUAAAGGAACAGUUCAAUGUUGAAACAAAAACAAUUGCUGUGGAUUUUGGAGAUGGAGCUGAGAUCUACAAGGUUAUUGAGCCUGUUCUAGCUGGACUGGAGAUAGGUAUCCUUGUGAACAAUGUGGGAAUUUCUUACAACUACCCGGAAUAUUUCUUGGAUGUGCCUGAUCUGGACAAUAUCAUUAAUAAGAUGAUCAACAUCAACAUUAUGUCUGUUUGUAAGAUGACUAGGAUGGUAUUGCCUGCCAUGGUACAGCGGUCAAAAGGCAUCAUCCUGAAUGUGUCAUCUGGUAGCGCAUUGAAUCCAGUACCCUUACUGACACUCUACUCUGCAACCAAAGCAUUUGUGGAUUUUUUUUCACAAGCACUCCAUGCUGAGUACAAGAGCAAGGGGAUCAUUGUCCAGAGCGUCCUUCCAUUCUAUGUGGCAACGAAAUUAAGUAAAAUCCGAACACCGACUGUGAACAAACCUAGUCCAGCCACCUAUGUAAAGGCUGCCUUAAGCACAGUUGGCCUUCAGACGCAGACAAAUGGCUAUUUACCACAUGCCAUUAUGGGUUGGAUUAUUACAUCUUUACUCCCGGUUUCUCUGGUAAUAAACCAGUCCAUGAAGAUGAACCAGGGUAUCCGUGCUCGCUCACUUAAGAAACUUAAAGCGAAAGGGGAUUGACCAACAUUUGCAACAUGAUCAACAAGAAGCAACAUGAAAAUGAUUCCUUGUGAAGCAACAAUAUUAUUGAGGCACUGUUUAUUGGAAUAAAGUACAAUUUGGCGAAAUUGCUCUGAGGACUGAGGCAGGAGAUACUUUUGUUUUUAUUUGU